AUGGCAGUCACUCUCCCCAACACAUCUUUAUCCGCAAACGACGCCAGGAUCCUGAAUGCGAUCUUCGACCCAGAAACCCUUCCAUCAUCUGUCGGCCAACAAAAAGAAACUUCAUCAUCAAUCGACCCUUCAUUACCCGCUCAUCCCAGUAUUCCCACAUCGCUGCUCACAUUGCUGGAGCGCCAACAAAGCGAUAUCAUAGCACGUACAUCCAGCACCUCGAGCAUCGCUGAGAUAGAUGCUGCAAUAGAAGAGUUGGACAGGGUGGUAGAGCAGUACCCAGAAUAUGCGGGCGCCUGGGUGAACCGAGCUAUGGUGAGGAGGAUGAAGCUAGAAGCAAACAUGGAAGUGGGGAAAAACAUCUUUCAGAACACGACUGAGACAUUAGGAUCAGAUGUCGAAUCGGUGUUCUCAGAUCUUGCGCAAGCGAUUCAUCUUUCCUCAACAUCCUCUUCCACGCCAGCGGUAUCUCCUCACGCCGCAAAGGUUCUUCGGACAGCUUACUCGCACCGCGCGUAUCUUUAUCUGAAAGCUGUGGAGUCAGGGUCGCGGUGGAAGGGGAUGACGACAUCUGAGUUGGAGGAAUCAGCAAGUAAAGAUUUUGCGGCUGCGGCGCGGUAUGGGGAUGAGGUUGCAAGGGAGAUGAGCGUUAGGACGAAUCCGUAUAAGAAGAUGUGUGGAGUCAUUGUCAGGGAUGCGUUGAGAGAGGAGAUGAGUCUUCGCCGUGGUGGCCUCCGAUAA